AUGCGGCUUUAUCAGCGAUAUGCUUCAGCUGAUUAUGAAGGAAAUAAAUAUUCACCUACAACUGACGAUGACUGUAAAACACCCGAACAGUGUAAACUGGUACAAAUCAGUCCCCUUUUUGGCCAGUUCUCUGAAAAUUGCGACUAUGAUAUGCUGAUAAAUGAAUGGAUGAAGCUCUUUGAAAGAGCGGCAUUUUUUGCCGGUUACGACCAAUCUGUGUUAGGUACUGAAGUGACAUUGGUAUUUGAGAACGAAGACACUAAGAAAAUAAACACUAUAUCAAUAACUCGGUUCGCAGUUUCUUACUAUGAAAACCUUUUAUUAGAUCCGAAAUCUAGGUUUUGGCCUAGUUGUGAGAAUCUUUCACCCGAAUACAAGGAUUCCAACGUCAGAAGAGCUUUGGCAAUUUCAAAUUUAAAGAAUUAUAAUGUUGUGGUUAAUCAUUCUAAUAAAGCAUCUCUGCAUUUGGAUGAGACAGAUGCAGGAAGUUUAGCCAAUUCCAUGGAGCUUUUGACAACUAAGAGCCCUCUUGCAUUGGGCAAGAAGCUAUUAGAGAUGGGGCUUUUGCAAUCGCAUUCAAUUUCCUCCCAAUUGAUAGAUGUUAUAUAUGUCAACCAGGGAAGCGAUAAAAAUAUAAUAGAAAGUAAUAACAAACUAGUUUAUCUUUUUGGUGAUCAAAUUGAACAAUUAUUUGACCCACUUCUUGAAUAUUCACCUGAAAGUAUGGAUGUUCGAUAUAAUCCUCCGAAUAAGGUAGAUUAUGUUCCUCCUCAGUUAGGCUUCAACAAGGAAAUUGAGGCGGUUAUUGAUGAAUUGGUUCACGUCCAAACUAAUUAUACAAUGAAUCUUGUUAAUUUGCUUCAAAACUUUAUUGUGCCAUUGCGAGCACAAGUCUUAGAUUCCCAAACUACUGUUGGAAUCGCAAAGCUUAACAAAAUAUUCCCUCCCACAAUUGAUGAAAUUACUAGGAUUAAUUGCAUAUUGCAUGAUGCAUUGUCGAGGGCUACAAAAUUUGGCUAUGUAGAAGUUCUUAAGGUCAUGGGAAUGAUAAUACCUUAUUUCUAUAAGGCCUUUAUCCGACAUGAAGCAAAUUUGAAGCAUUUCACGCAAAGGUUGAAUAAGUUUUACAAUAAAAAUAAUCAACGGAUAUUUCAAAAUCAGAAAAUAAACAAAGGUGAGUAUUCACCUAGAGAGAUCGAUUCCAUUGUCUCUGGAUCUCGAUUAGAAUUACCGAAAUUGAAGUUGAUUCUUAAGAGGCUCUAUGAAACGAUUGAGGAGGAAAGGGUUAAGGUAGCUAAUUUUGAAGGUGCUUAUAAGGAUAAUGAGAAUAUUAACGAGUAUUAUGAUUCAGCAAUUAAGGUCAUCGAUGCCUUCGGCGGAGAUAGCCAGGUUUUCGAUAAUUUGGAAACCCAUAGACGAGUCUUCACACCAACGGGAAAGAUUUUAACAGAAAUGGCUUCCAGAUGGCCAUCUGACUUACAAUAUGGCUGGAUUUCGAGAAAGGUUGUGGCAAUAUACGAACUAAGAAAUAUAAAACCGGAUGAUGGGAGUAUGUUUAACAUAGAUGUGUUGAUUAUCUUCUCAGAUAAGGUUUUAUUUCUCACUAUUCUUGAAGAGAAAUAUUACGAAGAACAUGAUGGCAGUCAAUCUAAAUCCCUUUUAAUAUCUGAUGUUUUGAUGCAUUCCUUAAUGAAUGAGAAGCCUUUGCCAGCUUUGUCUCUGAUACCAUCGAUGCAAGUAAGCUGCUGGUGCGAUGUUAAUGAUAUUUUGGUAAGUUAUUAUCAUGGAAUAGAAGAAAAAUCUUCGCAGGUACGUGAAUAUCUAAGGUUUCUCAAUACGUCUAAUGAUGGGUUUCAAGGGAACUUUACUGAGCCUCUUCAUUCUAAAAAUUAUGAAAUUCUUAGUGGUGACAAGAUUCAAUAUAAUGGAAGAAGAAUUGUUGAAUCAAUAAAUAAAGCCAAGGUUUUAAGCAAAAAGCAACCAUUCCAUUUAUUCAAGACAACUUCAGAAGAAAUGGAUAUUUAUGCCAGUGCUCAAGAGCUUUCAUCUUAUCUGAAAGAAGGCUGCAAGUCUCCCUUUGGACUUUUCUUAAACUCGUCUUCUAUUGAGCAAAAGAACUACUUCGAAGAGUUCCCUGAGUUGUAUUUGGUACUUCAUGCGACCUUAAUAGAUGAGAACAAUAUCGAAUUGAAGGGCUCUAAUAAAAGUCAAACUUAUUUGAUCAAUGAGGUUAUUAGCACUACUUCAUUUCAAAGCUACAUCAUGGAUAUUAUUAUUACAAAUAUUCAACAUAUGUUCACAACUUUCAAUUUUGUGACUGAAUCUUUGUUCCAAGGAUAUGAAUUCGACUUGAGGUAUUUCAUGGUUUAUUUUGCAAAUAAGAGUCUCAAGGGAAUUGAGUCUGGUGAUAAUAGAAGAAUGUCUUCACUGGCAAACCAAGCGAAAGAGAUUAAAACUCCGAAUGCAGAAACUCGAAAGAGAGUAUAUACUCCCUUCUCAGAAAAUAUUGUGAUCGAUGAUACUUUAGACGAGGCUCCUAAGUCAAAGAAAAGAAGAUCGUUUUUCAAAAAAAUGAUGGAUAAAAUAAAAGGCUCUAAAUCAAAAAAGAUGCAUUCUCACAAUACUUUCUUGAAUAAAGAUAUUAGCAGAAAGAAUAUAAACAAGGAAACACUGAUUAAGAAGUCCUUGGAUAAUGUCCUGAAUAAAAGUGAAAGCGUUAUUAGUUUGAGUAGGUCUUCCACACCGUUCGUUGAGAGUACCCAGAAAGACUCUAGUGAGCUUCCACAGUCCUCAUUUGUUGAAGCAACAGAGACUCCAUUGAAACUUCCGAUUCAGCCGCAUACCCAUAAUGCUACUAAUUCCAUUGAAGUAAACUCUCAUUUUGAGUUCCCAGCAAAAGAAGAUAAGCAGACGGAUACAGAAUCUUAUAACAACCGUACUUUAAAUGACCACAACAGCGUUGUAUAUGCUGCAGGUGUCAAAAGUGAUGCAUCUCUUGUUGAUGGAAUAAGGCUUUUAGACCCAGCAAAGAAAUGGGAUAUAAAUGAUUUUAAAUGUCACUUGUAUUCUUACGAUACGGAUAAUUAUUACAAUGAUGGUGAAUCCAAUUGGGUUCUGAUAUCAAAGGAGGACUCGAAGAUUAGUAUUCACUCACAGAUCGAACAAAAUACUUCAGAGCAGGAGAAGGUGGAACCACAACGCCCUGUCAUCGCAGAUGCUGAUAUCAAGGCAACCAAAUACAAUUUGAGAGAGACUGCCUCAGAAACAUCUAAGUAUGAUACUUCCACCGAUUCGUCGUCUUCAUUAAAUUUAAUUGACAGUUUCAGCAAACUUAUAGACGUCAACUUCAAGAGCUCUAAUGAUCUCGCACAACGCCGUGAAGUAGGUGGCGCAUACACUGAUAACCAGAACGCUAUAAAGAGUGAAUCGUUAAGACUUCAUAAUAAUAGUUCGGAUGAAGAAUUUUAUUCCACAGAUGAUUUUCACGAACGACAGUCUAAUUAUACUAAACAGGGAUCAAUCGGAAAUUUGAGUUCUACAUCUAGUGAUGGUACUAUUAUAAAUGAUUCCUGUAUCGGCAAGGUGCCUGUUUCAGUUGCGAUGAAUGAGAUAGGUCGUUCAGAGAAUACAAGAGCGUCAAAAGAAAUCUCGUCAAGCUAUAAUUCAUUGAAUUUCAUACUGGACAUUAUUUCUGGUAAAAUAGAACUUAGUUUCAAUUAA